CGGCAUUGUGGGUCAUUUACCCACUGGUGCAGGGUCGGGUUUGCCGCCAUCUUGUUGCCGUCUGUUAGUUUUGCGGUGUAAACCUUAGGAGAGAUUCCCACGUUGUGGAGAAUCGUUGUGCGUAAAUCACAGACGUCGUAUUGUUCGCCCAGACCGUGUAGUCAUGGGUCGGUCGCGAAGUCGCAGUUCUUCUCGCUCUAAGCACGUCAAGAGCGGCAAGCACAACAAGAAACGGAGCCGCUCCCGGGAAAAGGAACGCGUGAGGAAACGCUCUAAAUCCCGAGAGAGCAAGAGGAAUCGGCGCCGGGAAUCCCGCUCACGGUCCCGUUCUAACACAGCUUCCAGGAGAGAGCGGGAGAGGCCGGCUUCGCCGCCGGACCGCAUUGAUAUAUUUGGGCGCAAUUUAAGCAAAAGAAGCAGCCUUGACGAGAAGCAGAAGCGGGAGGAUGAGGAGAAAAAGCUGGAGUACGAGAGGCAGCGGCGGAUACCAGCGCAUCUCCAUGCCGGUGAUAUACUUACCGCCAGUCGACCCCGGCCUACAUCAACAGCCAAUCUGUGCCUGGGAUCGUUGGACCACGGAAUAUUAAAGUCCUCGCAGCACCCAUCUAUAUCGGGGCUGUCAGGCCGUCAACAAGAAAUUGAAGAAAAGCUCAUCGAGGAGGAGACUGCGCGGCGCGUGGAAGAAUUGGUCGCCAAACGCGUGGAAGAAGAAUUGGAAAAGCGGAAAGAUGAAAUUGAGCGAGAGGUUCUCCGCAGAGUGGAAGAAGCUAAGCGCAUAAUGGAAAAGCAGUUGCUCGAAGAACUCGAGCGACAGAGGCAGGCUGAGCUAGCUGCCCAAAAAGCCAGAGAGGAAGAAGAACGUGCUAAACGUGAGGAGCUAGAGCGAAUACUUGAAGAAAAUAACCGUAAAAUAGCUGAAGCCCAGGCUAAAUUGGCUGAGGAGCAAUUGAAAAUUGUUGAAGAGCAGAGAAAGAUUCACGAGGAGAGGAUGAAAUUAGAACAAGAGAGACAGCGUCAGCAAAAAGAAGAGCAAAAAAUUAUAUUAGGAAAGGGGAAGACCAGACCAAAACUAUCGUUCACAUUAAAAAGCCCAGAUUAACAGCAACCUCUUGAACAUCUCUCAACCAAAUCAAGACUUUGUAUGAUAGCUUCAUGUUGAAGUGUUUUUUUUGUUUUUUUUUUUCCUUUGAAGUCUGGAAUGUCUGUCGUAAAAGGGGCUGUGCUCUGAAUCCCUUAUUUUUUUUAGUAUAUCAUUUCUUGGAUGAAAUUUAAAUCCUUAUCAGAUCAUUAAUUUGUAUUUUACAGAUUGUUUCAUUAACUGUAUAGAAAUCUUAGUGGACUGGGUUUCCAUGAUUCUUUGUAAGAUUUGAUAAGGUUUUAACUGACACCACAACCCCCCCCCCCCACACCACAAACAUUUGCUGUUAUAUCUGAAAUUCUGCAGUACGUUAGGUUGCAUCCUGGGUUUGCAUCCUUAAAGUGCCCACGGUAUUGCUGGAGCUUUGUAGUAUACUAAAACAGUUUAAUGUCCCCAUGAUGCUGUUCCACUUGCACUUGAUGAUCCAGGUACAGGUAAGGAUACAGGCGGUAAAGGAACUUCUGGGAGGUCUCUCUCUACUGCAGUAUUUUCAGUCCAGAAAUGGUUUUAAUUAAAUUAAUGCAACCCAACCAGCAUUCCCCUUCUAUGUAAUGACUUCAAAUCCCUGAAUAAAGUCUUAAAUGCUUCA